CUAGAAUAUUUUACGAUAACAAUAAAUUGAUUAGUAAUGUAAUUAAUAAAUAAUAACAUUUUUAAUCAUAAUAUUUUAGUAUAGUUUAGUAUUCUGUAGGUAUUAUUUUUCGUUCUUGUAAGUGUAAAUAAUUUUACUAACCCAGAAGCCUAGACUAAUAUUUUGUUUUCAAAUUAAAAAAACAUUUUUUUACGUUAUGGACGAAGAAAUUACUGACUCACGAAAAAUUAACUUCCAAAACAACCGGGUAAUAUUUUUUAACAGUAUGUCAUUAUUAUUAAUAAUUUUUAAAUUUGGGCUUAGGAUUAUUGAUUAUCAAUAUAUACUCAAACUUGUAUAUUAGUUGUAGGUUUUUAAAGAUUUAUCAUCUAUGACUAUUCAUAAAUAGUUCGGUAUAAAAAAUGUAUAAAGUAUAUUUUUAUAGAUUACAGGUAUAAAGUAUAAAAUUAUAUAUUAAUGUGUGUAUUAUGGGUCUAGGAUCUAAGGCAAUUGUUACCUGUGAAAAAAAGUUGUAUGUAGACAAUCUGCCCUAUUAUAAUUUGUGCAUGAACAAUUGGCCAACCCUGGCUUUAUAUGUAUAAUUCAGUAAUUUUAGUUAUCCUAAAGAAGUGUCACUAGCAAGAUAAUUAGAUAGUAUAAUUAUAAUAGAAUCAUUUUUUUUUAAUGCUAAUACAUGUAAAACACAUAUUUUUUUUUAAUUGUUCACAGACAUAUUUUUGAAAUACAAAAUAUUCAAUUUAAUAAUAUAAUAUAUUUUGUAUUAUUUUAUUAUAAUUUUUAUUAGUCAUACUCGAAGUAGUAAAAAUAAUUUAAAACUUAAAUAAAAGUAUGUUUAAAGCAUAAAAAUGUAUGUUUAAUAUUAACAUUUACUACUUAGUACUUAGACCAUACAAAUAAUUUAAAACUACAUAUUUUGAAAAUUGUUCAUUAAAACUAUUAUAAAUAGAUAUAAUUUUUUUCAUGCAUAAGAAAAUAAAAUUUCCUCUGUUAUUCUUAUAUUUACUUAUUAAAGCUUUUAUAUUUUUAAUACGAUUUUAACUUAAAAUACUUACACUAUUAUUAUUUUAUGAUUAUAGUUCAUUGAUAUGAAAUUAAAAACAGAAAUAUGAUAUCAACUAAAAUAUUCAAUAAACAUUUUUAAAAAGAUGAUAGUUUUUUAAUUGGGAAAAAUAACAGUCCUAAUUGUGAAUUAUUUUUGAUCAAAAUUUAUAUCUUAAACCUAUUUAAAUAUCACAUGAGAGGGGAUCAGAAUACUCCCACGGGAAAAAUCUGUCAUGAGAGUUGAUAAAUGGGGUUGGGUCAGGCUGACAGCCAGUGUACAAUUCUGUCAAACAGUAUGAGUUUGAGAUCAAGUUUUAUACUUGAUCCUGAUGGAUUGUCCUAUCUUAGAUGUAUGCAGAGGCAAUAAGUUGCAUAAUAGUGUAUAAUGUUUGCAGAUGAUAUAGUUUUGACAGGAGAAAAUCUAAAAUAAGUUAACAAAGCUUAAGCAAUGGAGAGUAGCACUUGAAGGUCUAUGGAUAAGUAGAAGUAAAAAAGAUUAUGAGUUUGAAAAAACAAGACAACUAAUCUAGCAAAUAUAAGCAGUUAUAGGUAAGGUUGAGCAUUUUAAGUACCUAGGAUCUUUUAUUACAAAAGAAUGGUUGCUUUCAUGUGGGUGUUAAACUAAAGAUUAAGUGUGGUUCGAUAAAGUGAAGAGAAGCAUCAGGUGUGUUUUAUGUGACAAGAGAAUUCCAAUGAGACUUAUUUACAAAAGCGUAGUGAGACUGACUAUAUUGUAUAUUUCGGAGUAUUGGACGGUAGACUGACAAAUAGAACAAAUAAACAAAUAAUGAGUGUAGCAGAGAUGAGUAUGCUUAGGCGGAUAAGGAGUGGAUGAGUGGAGUGGUGACAGAAGAUUGAAUAAGGGAUGAGUACAUACAAGGUAGUUAAGGUAUGGCAUCGAUUUUAGACAAAAUGAGAGAAAAUCGACUAAAAUUUAGACUAGUUUGAGCAUGUCACAGGGAGAGAGGAAUGUUAAAAAGUAAGAAUUGUAAUGAAAAUAAACAUAGGGGGAAAGAGGUUAAGAGGAAAAUCGAAAAAGCGGUUAUUGGAUGCGAUUGAGAAUGAUAUGAAGCAGCUUGUGUAUGCGACGGGGAGAUCAAGUUAAGUGGUAGUUUAGAAUGAGAGUGGUCAACCCCAAAUAGUUUUGAUUAACUCUUUCCGGCAUAGUGGCUAGUACAGCUGACCACUUAAUUUUUCUGUUUAUUGCAUGGUGGUUAGUGGACCACCUAGAAAAUGUUUUUUUCUUUUUUUUCUCAUUUCGUGGUUAUUGUUGCUGACCACCAAAGCCGAUUAGUUCAUAUACCACCAGAUGGAUUUAUCAAUAUUAAUUAAUAUUAAAAACAUUUUAGUUAUAUUUAAUUUUCUAAAACUAUAUUGGUCGAAUUUAAUUUGUGUUGGUUUUCCCAGAAUAUCCAUUAUCAUGUUUUCUGUGCAUUAUGAUUAUCUUUAUUUUCCUUUCUUAGUCGUCUAUCUUUUAGUCUAUUCGACCCAAUUUACAUCUUUUGUAAUGUUGUCAUUUUCGGUGGUCAACUGCGGUAACCACUAUGCAGUUAGUGUCUGCAUUUAUAUAGUUAUACGUAUUGUAAUGUAUAAAUGGAAAGAUAAUAAGUGUGUUCAUCUUUUAUCAUCUUUACAUAGUCCUAAAGAUACUAGUAAUGAAAUAGAAAAUCUAAAGAUGGAACUCAAAAGCUUGUUUCUUGUUCAAAAGUGUUGAUAGAUUACAAUAAAAAUAUGAACUUCGUGGAUGAUUUUGAUCGUUUGAACAGUGACUAUAAGCUUGACAGAAAAAGUAUGAAAUGGUAUUUACGAUUAAUUUUUCAUUUUGUUGAAUCUGCAAUAACUAACUCUUUUAUAAUACAUAAAGAAAUUGAAAAUAUGCAAAAAUUUACGAAUAAAGAUUUUCAUAGAAGUAUUUAUAAUGAUUUAUUGGCUAACAAAAUAAUAAGCAUUGAAAAUAAAUCUUCACCGGCAACACCAAAAUCUCGACCUUCAGUAGUAUCAUCAAAAAAACCAAUUGUUAUGAAAAGUGUACGUUAUGAAUCUUCAGUACAUCAACCAAUCAGAACAACAUCAAGAAGGUGUGCGAAAUGUAGCACAAAAAAAAACAGUUUCGUUCAAUUUGGACUUGUUCUGUGUGUAAAAUAAAUCUAUGUAUGAGAAUUGCUUUAAUAUAUUGUAUAAUAUAAUAUACAAUUAAUGCAUUUAAAAUUUUUAUUUUUAGAAGGUAUUUAUUUCAUUUUGUUAUUAUUCAAAAAAAAUUCAAACUACAUUUUUUAUUAUGACAUAGUUUGAAUUAUAAUUUUUUAAUUAAAGUUAAUUUACUGAUUUUAUUUUAUUUGUGAUUGUUGAAAAACUAUUCGAUAACACUUUAUGAUAUACUGGAAAAUGUUGUUAUUAUAAAAAUUGCAAAUUUCAAGGUUAAAAAUUAACUAAAGAAUGUUUAAGUGCUAUGAUUAUUUGUUUGGUAAGUAUAUGUAUUAAAUGUUAAUGAAACCAAAAAAAUAAAAAUUAAAAAAAAAAUAGCCGUGCAUCUAAGGUACCAUUUUCAUUUGCCACUCAGUGCCAGAAAGAGUUAUGGCGAAGAAGAAUAAGAUGUUAUUCAAUUGAAACAUUCAAUAAUAGUAUAAAAUUAAUAAGAAAAAAAAAAAAUGUUUAGUCACUAUAGAAUAAAAAAUAUUUCUAUGACAAAUUGUCUGUGUAAAAAAUUGAUGUCGGCUGAUUGAACAUGUUUAACAGUUUUUAACAAGACCAAUUGUUAAUUUACCGUUGUAAUUGUACUGUUUUAAUUGUAAAAUAUAAAAUUAUAAUCAUAUAUAUUAAUAAACUUGUUUGAUUGGUUUAUGAUUAUUAAAUCAUCUAAGUAAAUUUUUAUGAUUUGUAAAUUAUUGAUUUUCUAAGAGUAUCUUUGUCGAUGUAUUAUAGUAAUAGUAUUUCAAAUUAUGUACACUUAGGAGGGUUCAUGUCCAUUGUACACAUUAAAUAAAACUCUAGGAAACCUUUUAGUUUACAACUUUGAAAUUGAAAAUUGAAUUACUUAGUUACUGUAUUUUAACAUAACCUACAUGUUGUUUUAAUGGACUUCUUCAAAUUACUCUUUCUUACUCCAAAACGAUGUAAAUUUUCAUAUACAUUGACUGUCACAACAGUACAAGAAUCGACAGUUUUACCAAGUAGUAAGAAAAUAAAUGUAAAGAAAAUAUGAUUAGUGACAUUUGAGUUUUUCUUAUAAUAACCAGGUAAAGGUGUUCUCGGUGAAAAGUCUCAUGAAAAUGAAUCAUGCAAAUAUUCCCAUCUAUACUAUACUAUUAAUAGUGAUUCUGCAUGGUCUACAUCUCAGGUAAUAUGUAUGAUAAGUUGAUAAAACAUAAUAUAUUAUACAAGGAAUAUACAGCAAGUAUUUAUCUAGUAAUCUGGGAUACUUAAUGUAGGUACAUUAAGUAACCUGUGUUAUUAAAUAAUUGUAUUUAUAUUUUGAAAUUUAUUAAAAAAUACAAUACUUAAAUCAUUAUUAUGUUUCAGUUGUGCUAUAUUGGUCAAGAAGUUACAUGCAUACCAGAAAUACUAGGUAAAAUGUAUGGAUCCAGAGUUAAAUCAUUGGAUUUAAGCUUCAAUUGUUUAACAACUUUAAAUCAUUCAGAAUUAUUUCCUGAUUUAGAGGAACUUAUUUUGGAUAAUAAUAAUUUAAAUGAUGAUAUUCGAUUACCUUAUUUGCCACAUUUACAUACACUUUCAAUGAAUAAUAAUAAUGUAAAAUUCCAAUUAUUAAAUUGAUUAUGGUAUACUCAAGUGUUACAUUAAAAUUAUUAUUGUUGUUUAGAUAACGAUUUUAGAAAACUUGAUAACUCAAAUAAAGUAUAAUAUGCCUUCUUUGAGAUUUCUUAGUUUGCUAGGUAAUAAAGCUUGUCCAACACAGCUAAUCGAUUUUGAAAAAGAUGAAAACGAUUAUAAAAGAUACAGGUGAUUAAAAUAUAUUUUUAAAUAACAAUGCGAUAAAUAAUAUGUUCAUUAAAAAUAUUAAAUUUAAUUUUAGGUAUUUUGUUUUAUAUUAUAUACCAGAUUUAAGAUUUCUUGACUCAAGACCAGUUACUCAUGAAGAACUAAACAUUGCAUUAACUAAAGGAGAAUUUACCAAAGUUAUACGACCAGUAAGUAUUAUUACUCAAGUAUAAUAUUGUGUUUAUUUAAAUUUAUAAUAUCAUUAUGAUGUAUAAAGUAAGAAUUAGGAUAUAAUAGAUAAAACUAAAUUAAUUUGAUAAAAGAUUCACUUUUGACUACCAUGAAAUAUAGUAUUAAAUAAAUGACUUUUUGCUUUUGGUAUUUUGUUUUAAAUAUUUUUCAAGGCUGAACAAUUAUUCUAACUAAACAUAUUAAAAUAUAUAUGUUUAGGAAUAGUAGAAGUUAAAAAAUGUUAUCCAUUCAGAGAAAAUUUUGUUUAAUGUGGUAUUGGUAGACCAGUCAGAAAAGCAGAAAAAAGAAAUAUUGACUUGGUUAAACAAAACAGAUUAAACAUUUAUACUGUUAUUACAGGGAAAAAGUAUAUCUAAUUACUAUAGUACAAAUUUAGUUUUAAAAUUUUAAAUCUUAAAUUAUUUUACUAAUAAUUAUAGUUUAUGUUUGGACAAAAAUAAUAAAGAAAUACUGGAUAAAUAUUUUGUUCGUUUAAUGAGGUGAAAUUAUUUAUUUAAACAAUUUUUCUUGAAAGUCAGUAAAAGUAAUAAUUUGAUCUUUAUUUCUAAUCGCAUAUUUAAAGUUCAAAAUAUUUCAUAAUUCAGUUAGUGGAUGACUUAUGAAAUUAUUUGAUAUCAAUAAUAAUUCUAAUACAUAAAUGAUAAUAUUUUUAUAAUUAAUAUUAAGAAUAUUUAUAUUUAAUUUUAGCGUUUUGAAAAUGAACCACUUCAACGUGAAUGGAAAUUAUCUCUUGGUUCUCAACCUCUUGCAGAUACUUCAAAUAUGUUCUCUCCAACGUCUGUAUCUCCAACUCAAGAAAUACAUCAUCAAGGUUAACUAUAUUUUUUAUUUGUUUUUUAAUCCAAAGAUUAGUUCAAUAUUAAUUAUUAUAGAAUUUAUAUUUUCACCACAUAAAAAGUAAAAUUAUAAUUAUAAAUUUUAUUUUAUUAUUUAUUUAAAUUAGCUGCAUAUGGUCGACGUCGAUUCCGUUAUGCUGGGAAACAUUCAGAGGGUAAUCGUUUCAUUUUAAAUAGAGAUUUAUAAAUUUUAAUGAUACAUUAGUUUUAAAUAUAAUAUGAAUAUAUUUAAAGUUCAUUGACUUACAGGAAUUUCUUAAGUUAUAUUUUUAAAGAAUUAUCAAAUGUUUUACACCUUAAUUUAUAUAGUUUUUAUUAAAUGUUAUUAAACUAAAGUCCAAAUUUUUUAUUAAUAAUUACAUUAUGUAUUAGAAUUCAUCAAACAGUACAUCUGUUUAAAGCUCUGGAACUAUAAUUAUUUAUGAUUGAUGUAUGAUUAUUUUUUAAUUUUAACAAAACUUCAAAUAUAACUUGUUAAUUUUAAUUAUUUUUAACAUUCUUUAGCUGUAAAAAUUCUUUAUCACUAAAUUGUGUUGAGAUCUGUUUUAAUUGUAUGUUAUUCUAUUUUAAAGUAUUUAAAGAAAUAAUAAAUUAACUAAUUUAAUUAUUUUUAUUAUAAUUUGAUUUUUUAAUUUUUUGUUAUAUGUAUGAUUAUUGAAAUAACAAUUUUUGAAAAUGUUAAUCCUUUUUUCUAAAAGUAAGUUGAUAGUUUUCUCUAAAAAAGAUAUAAUUCUAUUAUAAUUGAAUAUUAUAUAGAGCUAUGCUUUAUAUAAUUUUAAUUUUUAUAUUAUAUACAUCUAAAUUUAUGUGUAUAUAUAUAUAUAUAUAAUGAAUUAUCAGAUAUAACUUAGCAAUCGGUGUAUUCAUUCAAAUUUAUAAGUUAUUAAUUCAAAAGGUGUGAUAGAAAAUUGAAAACCUAAAGAAUCUUAAGCACAUAUUUUAAUAUUAUAGCCUUUACAAUAUUGAUUGUUGUUUAUUAAACCUUCUCUGAACUGUUUUUUUAAUGUAUAAAACAAUUCACUGGGUUUUGCUAUUAAAUAAUAAAAUAAUAUUAGUUUGUGUCAAAGUAAAUAAAAACUAAAAUGUGAUUAAUAAAUUAAUUAAUAUUUGAUGAUAGGUAUGUUCUUAAGAAUAUUUAAAUAGUUAUUAUUAUUAUUUUUUUUUACCAGAUUUAUGUAUUUCAAUGCUUAAUUAGUUAUAUGUAGAAGACUAAUCAAAAUUGGAAUGUGUA